AUGCAGGAGCAGAAGAACCUUGAUCAGAUGCUGGUGGAGGAGGAGGAGCAUGACGGCGCCACUAAAUCGGCGGCGGCGGCGGCGACCGCCCCGGCCGCGGACGGGGGCGAGGCGGCGGCGGACGUGGAGGCCGUCGCCGGGGGCUCGCCCGUCACCUAUGUCGAGCACGCCUCCGCCGCGACCUCCCAACGACGCCUACGAGUCCUACCUUGGGUCCGUGCUCCUCUGCCUCCUCGGCCCCUCGGCUUCGCCGGUUUGGUGGUAGGCUCGGCUGCCCUGGCACUACUUCGACUACCUCGCCGUCUCCAUCUACCACGGCCUCGGCUACAGCCACGACUGCGCGCCCGAUUCAGGAGGAUAUGUGCUGACUAUGCUGAUCAGCCAGACUAUGAAGCUGGAUUGCAGGAUUUCCUUGAGCGUUUGAUAAACAAUGAGAAGGUCUACGAGCCAGUGGAGGAAGGUUCUUAUAUCAAAAUGAUUGAUAUGGUUAAAGGGGAGGGUGGUCAGUUACAGGUGAACAGUGGCUAUCUCCCUGGUCGUAUUGUCUUUUUCUUGGUGUGCUCUCAUCUUGCGCCUCAGCCUAUUCUGCUUACCAGGCAUGGUGAGAGUUUGCAUAAUGUUAGAGGAAGAGUUGGUGGUGACACGGUCCUGAGAUUUGGACCAGCACUCUCCAGAGAACAAUUUUGACAGCAACUCCAAUUUUUGGAUUUCCAAAGAUACAAUGGCGUGCUCUUGACGAGAUCAAUUCUGGUGUGUGUGAUGGGAUGACAUAUGAAGAGAUAAAGAAAAUUAUGCCUGAGGAAUAUGAGUAUGUAAUCCUCUCCUAUUUUUGCAACAAUUAUUCCGUAAUAUCUAAUUGGAUUUAUAUACAAUGCCUUGCCAUUUUGUUAAUUACCAUGCUGCAAAGCUAUGUUAUUUUCCAUAUUAAUAAUAGCAUGCUAAAAACUAGAAGUUACAUUAGACAUUUCAACAUGUAUGAGUCGCAAAACUGAGCUGACAAUAUAUAGCUGCAAUUGCAUAAUUUCUUCAACAAAACAUUAGAUUAACCUUUCCAUAACUAUUAUAUAUUUACAUCUGAACACAC